GCGCGCACAUAUCACGCGUGGAAAGGACAGCUGGGAAUGACUCGAGGAUGAUGACAGCGAGCAGCGUCGCAAACAAAUAAGGCACCGACAGCAGCUGCUCACACCUCAGUCGGCGUCGGACACGUUUUCUGUGUCGACGAUACUAGACGAGCUGGGUUUGAUGUUGGGUAUUUCAUGAAGGGUGCAGUAAAAACCGGUCAGGGGAGGUGAACGAGUUCGGGUUACGGUUGGAACGGCUCGCGUGACGUAACAGUCCAACACUGACUGCUGCUGCUGCUGCGCCUGCCAGAACCUCGAUGAGGGGGAAUGACCGCGAGUGACCUCAAAGGAAACGCUGCAUUUAGACGGUUUAAAGUAUUCGAUUUAAAUAAGUAAGAGGAAAAUGUACGCUAUCAUUUCAUUCAAUCUUUUACGGUGAAAAGACUUUGAGCAUUUAAUGGUUGACAGCGAAGCUAACGUUAGCUAGCUAAGCUAAAGUAUUCCGUGCAUUCAUUGCUAGUAGCAGCCGAGCUUGUAGUCUUCGCCACCGGUUGAUGCUUGGCUUGGCGUAGCUAACAUCUCUUGUCAUGGAUAAGGCCAAGUCGCUGAUGGACAAGAAAGGAGCGGGUCCUUUUCAUGUGAACAACGGACCGAGCCAUAGGGGGUUUCACAGCCAUGUCGUGAUGCCUGCAAACGGCAGCAGCGCGUAUAAUGGUCUGAGUUCGGGACCGAGCAGCAGCAGCGCGUUAGAGAGCAUCCAUCACUGCGGGGAUGAAGGGGAAUGCAACGGCUCCCCGGCUAAGAGGUCCCGGCUGCGGAGGAGGACGGAGUCGAUCAGACGAAACCGACGUCCUUUUCCUUGGUUUGGAAUGGACAUUGGAGGGACGUUGGUCAAGUUGGUUUACUUUGAGCCAGUAGAUAUAACUGCAGAGGAAGAACAGGAAGAAGUUGAAAACCUCAAGUCCAUUCGUCGCUACCUCACCUCAAACGUGGCCUACGGGAAAACGGGCGUCCGAGACGUCCACUUGGAGCUGAGAAACCUAACCAUGUGCGGCAGAACGGGGAACCUGCACUUUAUCCGCUUCCCAACACAGGCCAUGCCCCGGUUCAUUCAAAUGGGCCGCGACAAGAAUUUCUCCAGUUUGCACACAACCCUCUGCGCCACAGGAGGCGGAGCCUACAAAUUUGAAAAUGAUUUCAGAGCGAUGGCCGACCUGGAGCUACUGAAGUUAGAUGAGCUUGACUGUCUCAUCCGGGGCCUGCUGUUUAUCGACCGGAUAGGUUUCAAUGGUCACCCCGAGUGCUACUACUUCCAGAACCCAUCGGACCCUGAAAACUGUGUAAAGAAGUCCUGCAACCUGGACAACCCCUUCCCAAUGCUGCUGGUCAACAUCGGCUCUGGGGUCUCCGUACUGGCCGUGUACUCAGAGGACAAUUACAAACGGGUGACUGGAACCAGUCUGGGAGGUGGUACAUUCCUGGGUCUUUGCUGUUUGCUGACGGGCUGUGAGACGUUUGAGGAGGCUUUGGAAAUGGCCAGUAAGGGGGACUCUAAGAAUGUGGACAAACUGGUGAAAGAUAUCUACGGUGGAGAUUACGAGCGCUUUGGCCUCCAAGGCUCUGCUGUUGCAUCCAGCUUUGGUCACAUGAUGUGCAAAGAGAAGCGAGAUUCCAUCAGCAAGGAGGACCUGGCCAGAGCUACUCUGGUCACCAUCACUAACAACAUAGGAUCCAUCGCGCGCAUGUGUGCCGUUAAUGAGAAAAUUGAGAGGGUGGUAUUUGUCGGGAACUUUCUUCGUAUCAACACGGUGUCCACAAAGCUGCUGGCCUACGCCAUGGACUUCUGGUCUAAAGGACAACUAAGAGCACUGUUUUUGGAACAUGAGGGUUAUUUUGGAGCCGUUGGAGCCCUGAUGGAGCUGCUCAAGACAACAGAUGACUCGUGAAAUAGAGCUGCUCCCGAGAAGACGUCGCCUGGACUCUCUCGACGUCACCAACACUAAAAGCUGUGGCGUCAUCCACUUCUGACGCUGCUGAAAGGUCCCAUGCCAAGAGGCCACUAAGUGAACACUAAACUGGAGACGCAGACACUGAGAAAAGCCAUUUUAAUAAUUUAACUUUUGUAAAUAUGAAUAGCCUGUAACCGUCUUCUUAAUUUCUUCUCUGUCAAAGAGGUCUUAAGUAUUUGAUCCUUAAUUUAUGGUUACAUGUUGGUUCUUUUGAGUGCUGUCAGGAAACAUGGAAAUUCUUUUUUUUCUCCUUUGGAUUUUAUUUUUUAUUGGAGAGUAUGUGACUGUGUUGUAGCUGUCAUACAAAUCUAUCCUGGGGACAGCAGAACACCGGGUAACUAUGCAGUUGCUCUCCUGAAAAAGACUCCUGCUCAGAAAAGAAGACCCUCUCGAAUGGUUUUUAUUUCCCCACCAGCAGCUUACAGACAGUUUUUUGAACCUACAGAAAGUAUGAAUGGGGUUGGUGUUGGGAGACUGGCUUACAUGUUUGCUGUGCAAAAAGUCACUCUCAGUGCUGCCGACUUUUAGGAAGUGCACUGCAGCCAAGUCCCGACGAGGUUCACCUUCCUUCUUCACUUUAGACCGAAAAGCGAUGAAACCCUUUUUAAAAAAUCUAUUUCUUGUUCCACUGCACAUGGCCUUUGCUUUAUUAUUUGUUCCUUGUCUGUCAAACUGUAGGCAAGACUCGCACUGUUUUAUUGCCACACAGACACACACUUACCCAACCUGCUGAGUUCAGCCUGUGAUGACGGGACCAACACUUUGUCUUCCAACAAAUUGGAGCUCAUUGUUGAGUUUAUUCAGGGUCCAUUCUGGCUAAGCAGCUCGCGGUUGUGAUGUGUGGAGUUCCUCCUCUGGUUUCUUUGUUGUUCUAUUUUUUUUUUUUUGUCAUUUCAGCUAAAAUAAUGUCAAAGUAAUGGGAAAAGUGGCAUAAGAUAAGUCCAGCCCCUCCCUGUAGAUUCACAUCAUAACAAGCUUAAUGAACUACAGGGACCAUGGUGCCUUUUGCCUAACAUCGACCUUACUGGAUCCACUUGUGUUUCAUUGCUAGUAGCAGAAUCUGUGUAGCCUCUGUGUUCAUGGUGCAGGUGUAGAGAUGAAAAGUUGUGGUGGUUGUUUCACCACUAUUUCACUCAGAAAUGAUUACUGUAUUUGUAGAAACUAAUAUUUGUAGAGGUGCAACAUUUUUGGUCAGAGUUAGCUGAAGAGCAGUUGGUAGAGCAGAAGCUAAGCCUAAAGUCUCACCUUUAGAAGGGUUUCUAAGCAGCUUUAUGCCAUUAAUGCACGUGCCACCAGGGGGCAGGAUUUGCAAAUAACUGCAAAGAAAGAGCCUCAACCACUUCAACUACAGAAGAUUAUAGACCACAGGGUGGUAAUGAGUAUAACAAGAAUGGACCACAAGUGUAUUUAUUCUUUUUAUUGUUGUAAGGAUCUUGAUCCGUGGUUUCCCAAUCCUGGAUAUCUGCCGCCUUUCACUUCUUUAGUCUACAAGCAGCAGGGCUGUGAUGCUGGAGCGUGCAGUCUCUGCUGUCAUCCGUGCACAUGCCUUAGCGCUCCAGUGAGGAAACUCUCUUGUGUCGCCUUUUUCUUUUCGUCAGGAAGCCCAUAUCAGUUGCCUUGUCACUCUUGUUCAGCCUGCUUGUGUCGAUGUUUGUGCCCUUCCCCAUCUUUUUUUUUUAAACUUACCUCAGCAUUCAUAUAUUUCUGCUUCCUGUCAGAGAUUUUUUUAAAAUAUCAAGUUUAGUGCUGCUGCUGCUGCUGGCCUGGAUUCAUUUGGAAGAUUUCAUACAUUAAUAUUGUCAAAAAAUUGAAAGUGUUUUUUACAUUUUUACAUGGUUCUGCCCACAUUUUUUUUCUUUUGUCUGAAAGUUUUUUGUGUGUCUUUUGUUUUAUUGUAAUAAUUUUUAUUCCAUAAAUAAUUGGGAUACUUCUUCCACUACUGGACUACUGCUGUAUUGAUUCUCCCCUACUUAAUGAAAGAAUUCCUUUUCACAAACAUUUUGGAGUUUGUCUUUGGACAAAUGCUUUUUAUUACACCCAUAUUGUAUUUUAAUUUUCAAAAUUGGUGGCCAUAAUACCCCUAUAGUCAUUAAUACACUCAGAUAUUUGUUUUUCAAGGCCGCGAAGCUUUCACAGUAAUUCAAAUCAACCCCAAACCAGUGUUGGUGACACUGAACUUUGUGUACUUGUGGUAGUUGUGGACCUAUCUGUUGUACCAAUGUGAUCUGAGCUUUCCUAUUGUCAGCUUUAAAAAGUGGUUGUAAAUGUGUCGUUCAAAAUGGCUUCAGGCUCCUCGUUCUGAGGAGUCUCGUGAAAUCUACCCAACAAGCAUAGCAGCAGCUCGCUCAUCCAGCUGUCUCAUCUCCAAACCCUCAUGCUUGUUCAGAAUUGCUUUUUUCAUUUUAAAGAAUAUGCAAAGGUUUUAGUAUUUCCCACUGAGAAGUCCUGUUUAAAACUUGAGCCAGUCUUUUUUUCCUGUUUUUAAUCCUGCUGAUUUUGUUGUUAAACCUGCCUAAGAUGGAUUUUGAUGUCAGAAUGUUCUGCAGAUGUUCAUGCUCACAGUUUGGGAAGCAACAGUUGUUUUUGCGUUUCCUGGUCAUGGUUCAAAUGCAAUAAUCAAGAUCAGACCUUUUCUAUACUAAUGUAUUCAUGAUUUCAUCCUUAUAAUUAUAUGUCAAUUGAAGCAUGGAUUAUCAUCAUGCCUCAUACGAGAUUAUCAUUACCAUGACCGUGCGUGUGUGUGUAAUUUUCUUUUCUUUGAAGGUUGUCUUGUACUCCUCCGUCUGUUUGUCUGAGCUUGUCCUGAUCUGCAGUAUCUGGUGGGACAUCCUGCUGCAUGAUCAUAUCCAGCAUGUAAAUCGACUUCUGGAAGGUGUGGCUGGCAGCGCAAAUGUUGUCCUGUUUUUUUCCCUUUGAUUUUACAAAGAUUUGUAAAUAACAAUAAUAUAAUAAUAUUAUAUUUUCAACACCAGCGCUGUGUCCGCUGUUUUUAACUGUUCGGUGACGGCCCAGCACUUCAGACAGUUCUGCUGUAGAUAGAAGACGGAUCGAGACCGACCACUGAGCCACUGUAGGAACUGAUCAAACAUCAACCAGAACUUUUUAAAUUAGUUGAUCACUACUUGAGUUGUAUAUAAUGUGACAUAGUUUUCAGGUUCUAAAGAUCCUUGCCAUCAUUAUAUCAUUUUUAGUUGGUUGACCUUAAAAAAAAAAUCACACUUUUAGAGAUUGGAGGAUGAUGUGGUGAAGAGUCAAGAUGGCAGUUUUUCUGUCUGCAGGACUUCUAUGCUGGUUGUUCAUCUCAGCUCUCAUGGGCCUGGGUGGUUUUGGGAAGUGCUGGUUGUUAGCGUUGGUUUUUGCUGCUGCUUUUAACUUUGGUUUUGGAAGAAAAUAAAAUAUCUGACUUUUUUUUUUAAGAAUGGCAGUUUAAAAAAAGGCUCCCUGCCUUGUGCAAUGUGUAUGUACUGAAGUGAGAUUUUUUUCUAACAAAAAAAUAAACUAAAAAUGGAGAAGUGUGAA